AUGUCUACGUCGCCCAAGUUUGAAGCAAGUGGCUCUGCAGCUUCUAAAUUUGCAACCACUGUUGCUAGUGUAUCCAUGGAGGUUGACCAUCAUAUGAAUACUCCCACUCCUGCUUUUUCGACGGCUGGUCCGAUGGUCGAAGUUACUAGUGGUGCUAUUAAAGUUGCUGGUGCCAAGCGCUCGGUUUUAGUCGCUUCUUCCGAAGACUUGUUCCAUUUUGUGGUGGGAUGUUUCCAUAAGUGGCAGUACUGGUGGAAAGUGAUCUCUCUCCUUAACAUUGGUGACACAUUCGAAACUGAAUUUGAUAGUUGGUCCGGCUUUGUAUCUCUCUGUGGUCAAACCCAAAAGCCCCUAUCGUCGGAUAUGCUUGUUAUUAUUGGUUCUGGACUUGCUACACUUUGGAAAUACCACUGGCGUUGUGUGGUUGAUGGUGAUCUGUGGAACUCAGAAGCUGCUCUUAACAUGUUUCAACAAGAUCACGCAAUACUCAUUGCUGAUACUUUAGAGACUCAAUCCCCUUUAGUUUGUAGUGAUAGUCUAAUGACGCGUUUAGGCUAA